AUGGAUCACAAUGAAUACAUUCUCAGUAAAAUAUUUCUAGAACAACUAUAUCGCCCUUUUCUAUGGUCACAAACAUAUCCUGAAUGUGCUGGUCGACAGCAAUCGCCAAUUGAUUUAGGAUAUUUCAACGUUACUCCGAGAAAAUUUCCAUCCUUCUGGUUUUCACCGCAUUUUAACAGUUAUCUUCCGUUUACAUUAAAAAACAAUGGCCAUACGGUUGUCGGUGAACUAGCAGCUCAAGUGCACCCAACUAGUAUUCUACAACUUUCUGGGGGUGAUCUACCUGGCAUCUUUACAUUUACAAACUUUCAUCUACAUUGGUGGGUACAAAUGAUGACAGAGCUAAUAUUUUUACCCAGAGAGGGGAGUUCACCAACAGUGGGUUCAGAACAUACAAUAAAUGGAUUACAUGGGGCUGGUGAAGCACAUUUUGUAUUCACUAACCUAAUGACAAAACAGGUAGCUGUAUUGGCAUUUUUCAUUGUGGUAUCGCCUGAUCAAGAACAAACUGCGUGGCGUUCGUAUGUUGAUAAUGCAGUUGCAUUAAUUCGUGAAGGGGAAAAUUUAAAUUUUAUGGCGAGUUUGAUGAAAUUGAUGGAAACCGAAAAUAAUUUUCAAGAUUUUUGGAGAUAUAAUGGUUCAUUAACAACGCCACCUUGCACAGAAGGAGUUAUUUGGACAGUAUUCAAUAGUCACAUUAAAUUUUCAUACGAUGAACUAUCGGCAUUAUCAUUGAAUGUUUUACACAAAGGUUUUCGUCCACCUCAACCGACCUACAAUCGAAUUGUUUAUCAUUCAACACUUACUAGUGCUGUUGAUAGCUUACGCUGCUUUUUCUCGUGGCUUGUGUUGGUGUUGAUGUUUUUCCUGAUAAGACUGAACUCUAAGAUGUAG